GAGCUCCUGGGGCCAGCCCCAGAGGGGCCGCUGGCGCACGGUGGCGGUGGCGGGCAGGAGGCAGGCGCUGGGCGCUGGGCGCUCCCUCCUCGCUCUGGUGGAGCGGGGCUGGUUGGGGAGGGCGGCAGGCACAUCCUUGUGCAAUGCUUGAGAGGCAGCCAAGGGCUGAAGGAUUCCCUCGCCGGGGCCGAGCGCCGCCCGCAGCUGCCUGACAACAGGAAACAAUGUGUAGUGAAUGGAAAGAAGUGGGUGGCCCCGGCUAAACGACUUCCCUUUACAUCACUGCCCAAAUAAGGAGCUUCCAAUUAACUGCUUCGGCCCCGGGCCGGCCCCGGGAGCAGCUCGCGCCCUGGUGCGUGGCGCCGGCCCCCAGCUCCUGCUCCGGCUGCGCCUUGGGCUCAGGCUCCGGCUCCGACUCCGCGCUGUCCGCGCGCGGCUCGGGCGCACUCGCGGGGAUCCAGCUCUGAACUGGGCAGACGGGACGGGCAAGGCCAGAGCGGGCGCCGGCCCCAGCCUGGAGCAGCCAGCGCGCCGCUGUCAGGUGGAGUUAAGCUUGCUGCUAGCAGAGGAUGCCUUCAUCCAGGAGCCCAGGAAUCACAUCUUCCUAGCCCUUCAGACAUGAAGCCUCCGACGUCCCCUGGCCCAGAGGAACAAGAGGCAGGGACCAGGCUGUGACCCAUGGGCAAGAGUGUGACAUUCUUGUCCAAGGCCACCAGUUCCCAACACCAAUCCAAAGGGAAGGGACCCAAAGGGACCAGCCCUCACCAUUCAGUGUUACUUGGCUCAUCCUGUGGGAAAGAGCUACACCAAUGACAUGAGCUGGACUGUCCUGCAUUUGUGAAGGCUUGCAAACAUUCAAGAGACAGACAUGUCAUGAGCUGCCUCCUGACUCUGAGGGUGCUGCUGUCACCAGAAACAAGAUGGCCAGACUCAAAUUGUUAACAAAGCUCACGAGGAAACUCUUUGGACUCACAGCCCUGGGCUAUUGCCGGGCAUUGAAGUAGCUUCACCAGUGGGAACUUUUUUUGACUCUCAUGCAUUUUUUAGUUCAAUAGCAGCCAGCAACACUUCAGUAAAAGAUCCUCUGGAACCAUCUCUGGCUUCCCUCUUCUUCUCCAAUGUAGGCAGAGCCAGGGCAUGUGGGCCAUUUGUAAAUGAAGCCUGGUCCAUCCUUCCCCAAGUAGCAUCAUUCCCAGCCUCUGGUAAGGCCAUGGAUCCUGAGCAAAGUGUCAAGAGUGCACAGACAUCGGAGGGUAGUCCCAGAAAGCGGCUUCCCAAAGGAGAAGCCAUUCAAGUCAGUGGCCCCUCCACAGCUCCAGCCCCAGCUCCAUCCCUGGCUCCAGCCUCAGCUCCAUCCCUGGCUCCAGCCCUGGCUCCAGCCCCAGCUCCAGCCCCAUUCCAGGGCAGCUCUACUUCCUCCUCAGCCACACCCCUCCAUGAGCUCCUGUCCCAGCCACAGCAUUUUACAGGGCCUCCGCUAGUUCUGAGAGAGGGGACUCAGGAGAAAACUGGACACCAGAAGCCCCCGAAGAGAUCUACUAUUGAAGGUCCACCCCACAUCCCCCAGCUCCCUCAACACCCUCUGUCACCAGCAUUUAUGUCGCCCGGCAAGCCCGAGCACCUCCUGGAAGGGCCCACGUGGCAGCUAGUCGAGCCAAUAAGGCCAGGCCCCUCUGGGUCUUUUGUAUCUCCAGGGCUCCAUUCUCAGAGCCAGCUCCUCCCUGCCCACCCGACCAUCAUCCCUCCUGAGGAACUGCAGUCCAUCCCCAAAGUCUACAUCCCACGUGCCUCCCACAUCUCUAUGAAGCAGGCUGAGGAACCACCGAAGAAGGAGAAGAAACCUCAGAAGCCUGGCAAGUACAUCUGUCAGUAUUGCAGUCGUCCCUGUGCCAAGCCCAGUGUGCUCCAGAAGCACAUUCGCUCUCACACAGGGGAGCGGCCCUACCCCUGUAUCCCUUGUGGCUUCUCCUUUAAAACCAAAAGCAAUCUGUACAAACACAGGAAGUCCCACGCACACCGGAUCAAAGCAGGGCUGGCUUCGGGAAUCGGGGCCGAGAUGUACCCCCCAGGUCUGGAGAUGGAAAGGAUCGGUGGCGAGGAAUUUGAGGAGCCCACCGAAGGAGAAAGCACCGACUCGGAGGAGGAGACGGGGGCUUCGUCCAGCCACCCAGGCGACCUGUCCCCUAGACAAAAGCACACCCUCCUCGCCAGCAGCCUCUAUGGUGCAGGCAGCCACGGUCCCGGCCACGAUCGCUGCUCCUCGUCUCAUUCCGGCGCGUCCCAGUCGCUCGAGGAGAGCCCCCAGUUUGCGGAGCCUUUGUCAUCGUCGGAGCAUUCCAUGAGCCAUAAAGCAGAGGACACACAUACCAUCAAGCAGAAACUCGCCCUGAGGCUCAGUGAAAGGAAGAAGGUGAUGGAUGAGCAGGCCUUCUUGAGCCCUGGGAGCAAAGGGAGCACCGAGUCUGGCUACUUCUCUCGCUCGGAGAGUGCAGAACAACAAAUCAGCCCACCUAAUACCAAUGCCAAGUCCUACGCGGAGAUCAUAUUUGGCAAGUGUGGACGAAUUGGACAGCGGACGGCGAUGCUGACGGCCGCCGGCAACCAGCCGCUUCUGCCCCUCUCUGCUGAGGACAAACCCAGCCUGGGCCCUAUUUCCGUGCCUCGAACACAGGUCAUUGAACACAUCACAAAGCUGAUCACGAUUAAUGAGGCAGUUGUAGACACGAGCGAAAUCGAUAGUGUCAAGCCCAGGAGGAGCUCUCUGUCCCGGCGGAGCAGCAUUGAGUCCCCCAAGGCUGGGAUCUUCCGAGACCCAUUUCAACUGGACCCAUCCAAGUCUCUGCUCUCCCACAGUGAGAAAGGCAAGCCGGAACAAUCACUACUCUCCCUCCAGCAGCUGCCCCCCAGCUCCACUGAGCCUGCGCCCCUUCUGAGGAGCCACUCCAUGCCUUCUGCCACCUGCACCAUCAGCUCUCCGCACACCUUCCGAGGUAGCUACUCCUUCGAUGACCACAUCAGUGAGUCGGACACCCUGAGCCGCAGCCAAGUCUUUACGUCCCACCCCCGCACGCUGAAACGCCAGCCCGCCUUUGAGCUCCCUUUGGGAGGGGAAUAUAGCUCAGAGGACAUCGGGCUAGGCCCUAAGGACACGGCCUCCAAACCGGCGGAAGAAAAAGAAGUGAAGGAAAGCGAACUCACCAAAAAGUCUCGGAAAGGCUCCAAAGCGAAAGGGAUAACCUUUGAGUGUAACAUAUGCGGGGCUCGGUACAAAAAACGGGAUAAUUACGAGGCCCAUAAAAAGUACUAUUGCUCAGAACUUCAGCUCGCCAAGCCUGCUUCCACGGGUACCCAUCCAUCCUCAGAAGCUGAAAAGAACCAAGGGGAGCCUGAGCCAUGGUCUCAGAUGAUGCACUAUAAAUUGGGGACAGGUUUAGAAUUGACACCACUGAGGAAAAGACGGAAAGAAAAGAGUCUUGGGGAUGAUGAAGACACCCCCUCCUUUGAGUCGACCAAAGGUCACUCCUCUGUGGGGCCUGGGAGCCAGUUCACCAACCCGGCGCCCUCAGAAGCUUCUUUGAACCUCCCCCAGGAGCCCAUCAAGCCACCAGCAGAGCCAGCUCCAUCGGUGCCACCCUUGGAGGGGACCAUGGCCUUCCACUCAAGGACUCCCAAACCAGCUGCAAGUUCUGAGUCUGGGAAGGAGAGAAGAAAAAUCUCCACAGAAAUUUCCGUCAUCCAGCACACCAGCUCCUUUGAAAAACCUGACCCUCCCGAGCAGCUGAGCCACCAGGAAGGAGAGGACAAGGCGUUGUCCCAAUUCCCAUCACAGCCAGCAGUCACUCCACAUGGCCGCUAUCCCCACUCCCUGCAGCCAAGAUUGGUCCGCCAGCCCAACAUCCAGGUUCCUGAGAUCCUGGUGACUGAGGAGCCCGAUCGGCCAGACACCGAACCUGAGCCCCCGCCGAAAGAGCCUGAAAAGACUGAAGAAUUUCAGUGGCCUCAGCGGAGCCAAACGCUUGCCCAGCUCCCCGCCGAGAAGUUGCCCCCCAAGAAGAAAAGACUGAGGCUGGCAGAGAUGGCCCAGUCGUCAGGGGAAUCCAGUUUUGAGUCAGUCUCCCUGACCAGAAGCCCUAGCCUGGAAAGCAGCGUAUCCCACGCUUCUAGCCACUCGGCCUCCUUCGAAAGGGAAGACCACGGGAAGACAGAGGCUCCUGGUCCCUCCUCUGAAACCCACUCCAAGUCUUUUGGCAGCCACAUGUUGACUGUGCCGAGCUACCCUCACCACUCCAGAGAAAUGCGGAGGUCAGCCUCGGAGCAGUCGCCCAACAUACCGCAUCCUUCUCAAAUAUCUGAGACUCGCAGCAAGUCUUUUGACUAUGGGAGUUUGUCUUUGGCUCCACCUCCCACGCCAGGCAUCCCCACCUCAUCAGCCCCGCCAGAAAGAAGAAAAUGCUUCUUGGUGAGACAGGCUUCCCUGAGUCGGCAUCCAGAACACGAGCUGCCAGAAACGGAGGAGCCAAUACCUUCCUCCAGCAAAUCUUGCCCCAAAAGUUUGCUUCAUCAGCCUUCCUCUUCCUCCAUCUCCUCAGCCUCGACCACGUCCUCUGCCUCCUCCACGUCCUCCUCUUCCUCUCAUGGUGGGUACCUCAGUGGUAAGAGCCAGCAGAAGGACAGCCCCCAGCUGGUGCCCAGCCCGCCUUACACAGAAGCCCUCCAAGUGUUCCACCCACCCAUUCCCCAGCUCUCCCUGCAUGAGAAACCAUACCUGCCCCCUCCAGUCUCUCUUUUCUCUUUUCAGCACUUCCUCCAGCAGCCAGGACAGUCCUCAGAGUUGUUCUCCACUCCGGCUAUGCCAGAGAUUUUCUCUGCCCCAUACUCCAUGCCCCCACUUCCCCACUCCUUAUUUCAGACUCCGCCAAUUCCUCUCCAGCAAGCUGUCCUUCAUCCAGGCCAGCUUCACAUGCCCCACCAGCUCAUACCUCAUCCAACUGAUCUCCCCUUCCGUCAGCAUCCUUCAUUUCUCCCCAUGCCCUAUCCCAGCUCCUCCUCACUCUCUUCAGGCUUCUUCCUGCCCCUGCAGUCUCAAUUUGCCCUUCAUCUGCCUGGGGAGACUGGCACCCAUCUGCCCCCAGUGAAAUCCAGCCUGUCACCUCUCACGGGGCCCUCUGGCCUCUCCCCUAGCACAGAAUAUGGCACCGAUGUCCGGUUGCACCCAGCGACCCGUGCUGCCAGCCCUCCAGUAUCAACAGCAGUCCCACAGCUGGCCAUUCCGUCCUGCCCAGAUCCCGCCGUGUCUCUGGUUGUUCCUGUCCGAAUCCAGACCCACAUGCCUUCCUAUGGCAGCGUGAUGUAUACAACCCUUUCUCAGAUCUUAGUGACUCAGUCCCAGUACAGCCCCUCAUCCCUUGGGCUCCCCAAGUUUGAUGACUAUCAGGCCAAAGGGCCUUUGGUCUGUGGAGUGGAAGCACCUGGGGUGGGUCUCGAGCUGGCCCAGAUCAGUGAGGAACAAAGAAGGGGGUUCCCGACACCAUACCUGAGGGUACCUCUGGCAGAGAGGAAGGGUUCUUCUCUGUCCUCAGAAGGCAUCUUGGGCUUGGAAGGAAGCCCGUCCACUGCGGGAGGCAGCAAACGCGUGCUCUCACCUGCCGGCAGCCUAGAACUCACCACGGAGACCCAGCAGCAGAAAAGAGUAAAGGAAGAGGAAGGCUCCAAGGCCGAUGAGAAGCUAGAACUGCUCAGGCCAGCUGGUACUAUCCUUGCUGGUGCCGAAGGGGGGAAGAGGCAAGAGAGAGCCCAGUUUGGGGGCCCCAGCCAUGGCCGAGGGGAGGAAGAGACACUCCCUAGCUCAUCCUUGACUCAGCCCCAUCCCAAGGACAGCCCUCCCUCUCAGUACUCGGGGCUGCCUCAUUCGGGAGCCCCAGGUCUGGAAGCAUCAAAACAACUGCCUGGAAAGCCAUCCCGGAGGCAGUCACCACUGCAGGCAGUGAAGAAAGAAGACUCCAAGGACCUGCCGGACCAUCCACCGAAGACUCCUCCCACCUCCUCCUCCACUUCUCCCAGGACAGCAAAAUCCCGGGAAGGUACAGAUGCCAAGAAGGUACUACAGUUCCCCAGCCUCCAUACGACCACUAAUGUCAGUUGGUGCUAUUUAAACUACAUUAAGCCAAAUCCCGUCCAGCAGGCAGACAGGAGGUCCUCUGUUUAUGCUGGUUGGUGUAUAAGUCUGUACAACCCCAACCUGCCUGGGGUGUCCACUAAAGCAGCUCUGUCCCUCCUGAGGUCCAAGCAGAAGAUCAGCAAGGAAAUCUACACGAUGGCCAUGGCUCCACAUCCCGAGACAGGAAGGCUUGUCCCGUCCAGCUCCCGAAAGCCCCGAAUGACAGAGGCUCAUCUCCCUUCUAUGGUCUCCAGUGAAGGUCGGAAGGACCUAGCUCGACCUGAGAAGGAAGAAGACAAGAGAGGGAAGCCUGAGGAGGAAGCUCCUGCCUCCAAAAGAGGGGAGCCUGGGAGGAUCAAAAUCUUUGAAGGAGGGUACAAAUCAAAUGAAGAAUAUGUGUAUGUGAGAGGCCGCGGACGAGGGAAAUAUGUUUGUGAGGAAUGUGGAAUUCGCUGCAGGAAACCAAGCAUGCUGAAGAAACACAUUCGCACGCACACUGACGUCAGGCCCUAUGUCUGCAAGCACUGUCACUUUGCUUUUAAAACCAAAGGGAAUCUGACUAAGCACAUGAAGUCCAAGGCUCACAGCAAAAAGUGCCAGGAGAUGGGGCUGCUGGUGGAGCUGGAAACCGAGGAAGGAGCCAGUGAUGACCCCUUCCAGGAUUCCGAGGGGCGGGAGGGCUCUGAGGCAGUGGAAGAACACCAGUUUUCUGAUUUGGAGGAAUCCGACGAGGAUGAGGACAACGAAGAUGAUGAAGAGGAGGAGGAGGAAGAGGAGAGCCAGGAUGAGCCCACUCUGAAGCCCUCAGAAGGGCCACUGUCUGCUGGACACUCAAAGGUUAGCUCUCCACCAGCUCAGGAUAGAAGCCCCCGAGCAACCCCAUCUUUGCCCCAAGACGUUACCUCGUGUGACCAGCCCACAGCAAGCUUGAGAUUGGAGGCGAGAUGGCCAGCAGACUGGAGCGACGCUACCACCUGCCAGAGCCACUUGUGUCUCCACCAGCCAGUUCUGAUGUCCCAGGAGCCUUUAGCUCCCACUGAACAAGAGCUGGGCCCAAACCAGCAGGCGGGGAUUUUAGCCAUGGGUCCAUUAUUGAGCUCCCAGGCCACAUCCCCCAGAAGGCCGUGGUCCCCUGGCAAGGAGCCCUGCAGCAGCAGACCCAUGGUCCCCCGAAAACACUCACUAACCAAAAAUGAAAGUCCUCCCCAGCGCUUUGCACCCACUGGAGAUCUACUGUCCUUCCAAUGUGGCUCUCCUGGGAGAGGGAUUUCCCCUAGUCCAUGGAUGGUGUCUCCUCUCAGGUGCAUGUCACCCUCAAUUCACUUGUCCCCAAGAAGAGAACUAUCCCCACGAGCCUAUCUCCCGCCAGAGGGCAGGGUCUCUCCAGAGAGGAACUUGUCUCCUAGUCAGGAGAUGAUACCCAUAAGACACUCAUCCCCUAAGAAAAUGUCUCCAGGACUUUCUGAGUCCCCCCCACGGUACCCACUGCCAGGGAAAGAUGACUUAGCAUUCAUAAGUGGCACAACAGCGGAUGAGCAAACCCUGGGCAGCAUUCCAGUCGCUCAGCGUGGUCUCUUCUCUCAAAAGCCUCUACCUCACAAGCUCCUUGGCAAAAAUGUGGAGACCUCUGAAUCGAAGACGAAGUUGGAGCCCAGAAGCCCAGCCUGCUCACCAGGUCCUGCUCACCCGUUUCCCUUCAGACCCUUCUCUUCACUUCACGAAUUCCAUGGCCACCCCCCAGGCCGGACAGGAGAGAACCUCUUUAGCCAUCUCCCUCUGCAUUCCCAGCGCUUAGCCAGGACCCCCUGCCCCAUGAUCCCCAUCGGGGGGAUCCAGAUGGUCCAGGCCAGGCCCAGCAGCCAUCCCACGCUGAUGCCGGGGGCCGGGGGGCCGUGGUCCAGCUGCUUCUUUGGCGGGGGCAGCGACCUGACCGACUCCCGGCAGGCUCAGGAGAGAAGUCGAGAAGGCCCUCCGGAGACCUCGUCGGCAUCGGUGUCUCCAGUGGCCAAGGUCUCCAAAUUCACUCUGUCCUCAGAGCUGGAGAGUAGCAGCUAUUCCCUAGAGAGAAUGAGGACGAGCGAGGGUCAGGGGGUGCCCCGCUGGGAGAGGCCCAGGCCGGGAGGAGCGUCCUCGGAGACCAAGGCUCCAGCCCUCACAGACAGCCCCGGCUCCGAGCCGGCGCCCAGGCCGUCCCCCGGCCGGCCGGGGCAGGCCAAGAGGCCCAGCCCCUGCACUGACUCUGAGACACCGCGCACUUUCCCCUCGGCGUUUCCUUCCCAGACGUUGGACCGAAGCAGCUCCACGGGCUGCCUCAUGGAGCCGGCCCGGUGCCCGGGACCCCGCAGGAGGAACCUGUCCGGGGAGCUCAGGCCCUCGGCCGGCCCCCGGCGGCGGCUGGGCUCGCCGCCCUUGGAGAGCGAGGGGCCCGGACCGACUCCCGGGAGGCCGGAGGACGGAGGAGGGUCCUAGGCGUCCCCCAACGGCUGCCUCAGCAUCAGGCUUCCAGUCUACAGGAACAGACUUUUCCGACACUAUUUCCUGCAAUAUAGUCAUCACACGCAGACGCGCUCUCACUCGCGACCAAACUCAUGGAAACAUCCCUCGUCGAGUCGUCCCCGUCUGGUAUUAUCUUCCCAUGUAUGCAGUUACUCGUGCCUUUUCUGAUACCUUUUUUUGCUUGAAAUGUUUAAAAGGAAAAACAAAUGAGGUGUUUAAGGCUGUGAAUAUUUUUGUAGAGUUUUUCAAAGGGGGUUGGUUGAGUGGUGUCCUCUGCGUCACGGCGAGCUGGAUGGCCCCGGCCCGCGCCAGGGGCCAGGGAGAGGCACUUGUUUAUCUUAUCGCGGGAGGUGAUGCACUGAAAUAACAAACCCAAGAAACCUUUUUUUAUACUGAUUAAAUGAAAAAAAAAAUGUUCCUCUGUACAGAUGUUUAUGGUUCCUAUUUAUUGCAGGCUCUAUUUAAUCAUCCACCAAGCACUUGUCUGCUUGUCUCUUUUUUGGUGGCCUUUCCUCCCCCCUCCCCCCUCCAUCCCUCUCGUACCCUCAGAUAGUUUGGAAAUGCUUUCCAGUGGACAACCCCCCCUCCCCCAAUCGUGAGCAGCCUGACAGCCUCUGGAUGGAAUGAGGACAGCCUGAGGUCUCCCCAUCCAUCGCAGAAAGACCCACAAAAGCCUCAUUUUCUAUCUUGGUUAUUUUAGAAAGGGAAAGAAGCUUCCUCUUUGAGGAUUUACGUUCAAGAACUAGGAAGCGAUCCAAUGUAAGAACCAAUAUCUAAAUGGCUGUGAAAUUCUCAUUCCGGCUUUCCUUAACGCUGGGGAUGCUGCCCAAGUGGUGAUGGGCGUGCAGUGUGCCAAGUGUGGACGUCCAACCUCAGAACAUUUGCCUGCCUCCCUCUCCCCCUCCCCCUUUUGCUCUCAAAGCCUCCCCUCUCCUGCCCAUUUCAAAGAGGAUAGAGAAUUGCUUACAACAUCCAAACCUAGGUCUUUUGGAGAAAAGUCCUGAGGAAAAGAUUUUUUAGGGCAGAAGCUGUUGGUCCUGUAUCUCAGAAAACUCUGGCCUUACGUCCCUCCCAGGGUCCAGGAGGCCAUAGGAGCAUUGGCUAGAAAAGACCUUAAAGAUCACAUGUAUUCCAAUCCUUUUCUAUUCCAGAUGAGGCAACUGAGAUCCAGAGAACCAAGUGACUUAUCCACAGUCACCCAGUUUGUAAGCAGAAUCUCUAUUUUCUUUCAUGAGUGAACCAGCAGAAGCAUGGAUGCAAGGUCCUGAGAUUUAGAGCGGGAGAAAUCUUAGAGUUUUCACAUGUACUCCAAUUCUUUUAUAUUAUAGAUGAUACAACUGAGGUCCAGAGAAUCAAGUGACUUAUCCACAGGCACCCAGCUAGUAAGCAGAGUCUUCCAUUGAAACAAAAAUCCUUAGACUUGUGGAGCUAGGGUCAGGGGGUGGACUUUUGUCCUUUUCACAGUGGACAACCAGAGUAGGAAGCCACUGUUUUUCCAAGUAUAAGUCAAGGAGGUCCACUCAUGUUUGGAAUUUUCCCUGUGGACACAUACAGCAAUCUCACCCAGUGAACCUUCUCCAGCUAAAUGGCACCCACUAUGUUCCCUUCCUUCCAAGGCCACAAGGAGAGGUGCCAAACCCAGACCAGCCUGGAGCUGCCCAGAGCUGCUGGGUUAGUCCUGUUUCUAAAGGCGAUGAUGGGGGGCGGAGGGAAGCUACUUAGUCCUUACUGCAGCUGGAUACAUUUUCGCAGCAUUCAACUAUUAUUUCCUUUCCUUCUUGGUCCCAUCUCAGUCAUCAAGGAGCCAUCCCAAACUGGCUGAGAAAGAGAAUUAUCUUCGAAUGAAAUUAAAAGUAGCCCUUCUAGCAAUGAAUGGAUUUAGGAGACUUGGUCUGACCUGAUCAGAUUUUCCCCUCUUGGGGAAGGAUCGAUUUUUAUUUUUACAACUUGCUAGGAGUUUGUUUCUUCUAUGAAGAAGAUGGGGAAUGAACUAUAGAGGGGAGCCCACAGCCUCCCUGGUUUAGAUUUGAUCCUGCCCCCCCCUACCCCCAUAGAUACUCUUUGAAUGUAUGUGAUUAUGAGGAUGUGUUAACUCAGUCCCUUGCUUUUUCGUCCCUUCCCUGUUUUUCACACAUUGGACAUCUUAGGCCCUCUCCCCAACUCUAUCUCCAAUGUCACAUUUCCUUAGUCUGUAUCCAGGCUUCAGACACUGUUUUAUUUAACCAGUUCAGUCUUGAUUUGGGAGUCAGAAAAUUAUUUUCUGUAUUGAUGAGGAUAAGAAGAAAGGAUAUCAGUGGGACAGCAGCUAAGUGGCUCAAUAGUUAGAGUCAGGCCUGGAGAUGGGAGAUGCUAGAUUCAAAUCUAACUUUAGACACUUCCUAGCUGUGUGAUGGUGGGCAAGUCACUUGACCCCAAUUGCCUAUUGGAUUUCAAGACAUAAGUUAAGGGGAUGAAGGGAAGGAAGGAGAGAGAGAGGGAGAGAGGGAGAGAGAGAGAGGGAGAGAGAGAGAGAGAGAGAGAGAGAGAGAGAGAGAGAGAGAGAGAGAGAGAGAGAGAAUGAGAGAGAAUGAGAGAGAAUGAGAGAGAAUAUCCUGGGAUUUGGGCUCUGAGAUUCUGAGUUUCAUUUCCCCAAUUUUUUUUGGUUCUAACAAUUUUCCCUGAUUGCAUCCCUUAGGCUGGGCCAGCUAUUUUCUAGAAGCUGAUUUCUAUUUCAUCUAUCUUUGGUGUUUUCAGAAGUUUAUUUAAAAAGCAGGAAGCAGUCAAGGAGAUUAUGAAUAGGAAAGAGGCUUGGUGUUAGGGAUGUGCUGGAGCCAGCCUUAACUACUUCCCAAGAAAGCUGAUUGUGAAAUUUUUGGUGUGGGCAUUUACACCUCUGAAAUCAGAAAAAACUAUAAAUCAGGCUUUGAUUUAUUGUUUAUUAAUUUUCCAGGUUUAAGAAAAUGAUGGAGAAAAUAUAAAUCAAGCAGAUUAAACUUAGAAGUGUGUCCUGCUUUUCAGAGAGUGGGUUAUUAAACAUUUCCUCAAAUAUCCCUUCUUGGUCCAGGAGGUGUGUUGGGGAGCAUUAGUUCUGCCAUUUAGCAUUACUGCCCCUGUGUGACCCUAAGUUUCAUUAACUGUAAAAUGAAGGAGUGGAAUAGACUUUCUCUAAGGUCCUCUCCAGGUUUAAAUAUUCUGAAGCUUCUUAAAGGAGGCUAGCCAGGUUGGGCCUCCCUUAUUUGUCACUUCUCCAGGAAGUGAUGGUUGUAGUUGAGAUCAGGAUAUCUUUUGAUCUUGAUUCUUGGUGCCAGAUCUCCUGCUCCUGGCCAGGAAUCAGGAAUGCCAACACCAUCUGGACUUCCUUGGGCACAGAGUCACAGCUUAAAAGGUAGGUAUUUAUAUUCUCUGCCCUACUCCUUGGUCACCAAAUUCCAAAAACUUUUCUCCCGUUGACAUGUCCUAUCCAAGGAUCCAGGAAGAUGUUGAGGAAAGAAUAUGUAGGUUGAGAGAUUAGUGUCUCUUUCCUCCCCUUGGAGUAAAGGAGGAUUCUCUGGUUAAAAUAUGGUUUGGUCAAAGAGUAGAGCAGAAGGGGCAGGAAUAAGAAUAGGCUAUGAUUCAUAUGAUUCCUAGAACAUGGAACUAAAAGAGAACACCUUGCCCAGACCUGUGAUUUUACAGCCAAUAUCUCUGACAAGUCACCAUCUGGCACUGACUUGAACAUCUCCAGUGAAGGCAGGCUCAGUGCCUCCUGAGGCAGCCUGUGGCUACUUUGGGAUGGAGGGAAAUUGGGGCAGUUUCCCCUAACGAAAAUCUGCCUCUAGUCAACUUUCCUCCACUGCUCCUAGGUCCUCCCUGUGGAAUCAAAGCAAGCACAUGUAUUCUUUAUGGCAGCCCCUCAACUCCUUGAAGAUAGUGAUCAUGUGCUAAGACCUCUCUUCUCCAAGCUCCAUAUAUCUUCGUACAGCAUGGCCAUUCUGGUUGCCUUCCUCCAGACCUCCAGUUCCUCAAUGGCCUUCCCCCAGUGUGGCCCUGGAGGGAUUUUUGUACCCUCUGAGGUCUGCUGGGAGCAAGCAAUACCUAGAAACCAUUUCUCUCUGGUUCAUUUUCUUGGGUAGGGAGGUGGACUGGGCAGCUUUGAAAUGGUCACUUCCAUUGAUGCUGCCACCCAAUAAGGCCUGAUUCCCUUGGGUCCCUUUCUUCCCCUCUUUGUUCUCAAUCUCUUUUGUUUGCCCCUGAACUUCUGGUUAUAUUUUUUUACCUUUAGGGGUAUUGACAGAAGGGGAGAGGGCUACAAAAAACCAACUGAGUCCCAAGAUCACGUGCCCCAUCUGUUGAUAAUUAGCAGAGGUGGUCACGUCAGGAAGCAAAGGUACCCCAUAUGUGCUUUCAUGCCAGUCAUUGCUCUGUCUCCGUGCUUCAAGUGGGCAGGUGUUCUGUUAAGUGGGCAUGUCUUCAGACAGCUUCUGUGUUCUUCUAAAUGGCAAUAGUAAUCAUUCCAAAAGAGCUCUGUAGAUAUAGAGAUAUAUAUGUACAGAGGGGCUCGGGGAGGGGGGGAAUUGCCUGUAAUUUUAUUUCAACUCUGGUUUCUACCUUUGCAUUUUGCAAUGUCUGUAUGGUAUAUAUCGGUGCAAAUCCCCCCACCAACAAGGCCGCCCAGGUUUGAAGCCCAGCCUCUCUGUGUACAAAUGAGGAAAACGAUAUUCCAUGUGUGAUGUUCCUGACUCUUCUUGUAAAUGACGUCUGGACUGUGAAUGAGAAGUUUUUACAAGUAUAAUAAUUUAUUACAGCUCAGACUGUCUGUUCAGUCUGGGUCUAUUUUUUUUUUAAACAGCAUGUUGGAAUAAAUUUUCUAAGUCCCAA